AUGCAUCGAUUCACGACAUCAGCGCGAGAGGUCGUUGAGUACUAUGGUCUAGACGGUAUCGACAUCGACUGGGAGUACCCCCGCAGCGUAGAAGCUGGUCAACAAUUUCUCGAGCUCAUGACCCGACUUCGUCAGGUCUUGCCCCAGCCAUACCGCCUUAGCACUGCCUUACCAGCCGGCGAAUGGGUCCUGGAAUUCAUUCCUCUCGCUGCGCUUGCUAAACAAAUCGACGCCCUCAACCUCAUGGCAUACGAUUUCGUGGGCGCUCACUGGGGACCUGGAGUGACUGGCCAUCAGGCCCAAUUAUACGCAAGUACUGGUGAAAGUGGCGGAAGUGGGAAUGCCGGUGUCCAAUAUGUCAUCGACAGAGGCCUCCCUGCGGCGAAAAUCAUGCUUGGUAUACCUUUGUACGGCAGAACUUUCGAAUCUACAGACGGUCUCCGUCGGCCCUUCCAAGGGACUGGGCGACAGGAAGCAUACUUGGUGAAGGAUCUUCCACUGCCCGGCAUGCAAGAAGUCUACGAUCCCGCGGCCGUUGCGGUCUAUGCUUAUGGGGACGGCGAGCUUAUCACCUACGACAGCAAGGACAGCGUCACCAAGAAGGCCGAGUAUGCACGAGGCAAAGGACUGGCUGGACUGUUCUACUGGCAGAUUGCUGGCGAUCGAUUUGGGGGCGAUAGUCUCAUUAGGGCGGGCUUCAUGGCCUUGAACUCCAGCGGCAUCGACACCGCGCACGUCGCCGACGAAAGCAUUCAUCAGGGCGGGCUUCAAGAGCCUCAACCCUGA